CAACCUAGGGCUAGCAGAACCCGGAAUUCUUAAAAAUGGUGGUUUUCUUGGGAAUACCUCGCACUACUCCCAUUUCUCUUUGGAAAAUCUCCAUCUACACCAGUGGAUUUUCACUAGCAGGGAGUACUUGGAAAAGUUCAAUCUUGAUUCCCAGAAAUGCGUAUUCUAUGAUCAGGCAUGCUCCCAGAGCUUCCCUUUGUUCCCGUUCUGUAAGUUCUUCAAACAUAGCAGAGAGGUCAGGGGACCAAUCUGAAAUAAUAUUCCUGGGAACAGGCACUAGUGAAGGGAUCCCGCGAGUUAGCUGCCUCACUAACCCUGUGGAUACAUGCCCAGUUUGCUCAAAAGCUACUGAACCUGAUAACAAAAAUAGGAGGCAUAACACAAGCAUCCUCAUUCGGUACCCUGGAUCUUGUGGACAUUCAAACAUUGUUAUAGAUGCUGGCAAGUUCUUCUACCAUAGCGCUUUGAGAUGGUUUCCUCAUUAUGGGAUAAGAACUAUUGAUGCAGUUGUUAUAACUCAUUCUCAUGCCGAUGCAAUUGGAGGUCUGGAUGAUCUUCGUGAUUGGACUAAUAAUGUCCAGGCCUGUGUGCCUAUUUAUGUAGCAGAGCGUGACUUUGAGGUGUUUCUAUCGAUCACAAUGUUAUGCAAUGGAACUCGUUUCUUUAUCAUUGUUAAACUGCAGAAACACUGACAAUUAAAUACAACUAUGAGUUUUGUGCAAUUAAUGUCACUCUGUGUUUGGUUUGUUCCCACCAAUGUUCGAAAAGGCGUAUUGCGGUUUUGAGGCGUUUUCAUUUCAUGGCGUAAGGCGUAAGCCUUGAGGCGUUUUGG